AUGUUAACAUCACCACGAACAAAUGGUGCUGAUAAUUUUGUUCCUAGUCAUCAUUUAGCAUUGAUUACACAACCUGUAUUAGGUGCUCGAUCAAGAUCAAGAAAAAAACCAACAAAUAUUAUUGUUGAAGCAUCAACAUCAACUAAAGAAAAACUUGAUUCAAUGACAAAUAGUCGUCGAAGUUCAUAUAAUGAUUCACCACCAUUAAUUUUACCUAUUAAUCGAAUUGAUACAUCGCAAUAUCAAAAGAAAUCUAAUUUUAAUAGUUAUCAUGAAUCAUCAGAUUCCGGUCUUGAUUUAUCCUUAUCAACAAAUUCAUCUGUUCAAUUUCAACAAUAUUCACAACAACAACAACAUAUUCCUAUUCAUCGUCCAUUAAGUGCACUUAAUGAAGAUUCAAGUCCUGAUGAUGGAUAUUAUGAUGAACAUCAACAAGUAUCAAUUGAUGUUGAUCAUCUUCGAUGUCCACCUAUUAAUUUUGGACGAAAUCGUUCAAUGGAAGAUAUGAUUAGUAAUAAUACACGUGAAGAACAACAACAACAACAUCGUUCAAGUUCAUUUUCUGAUGAACGACAACAAAAAUUAUCUUUACACCAAGACACAAAAGUGAAACGAUCAAGUGAUGGUGCUCUUUUAGAUUUACUUGAUGUAUCACCAGAAUCUUAUAGACGAACAAAUAUAAAUAAAAAUGAACUUCUUUAUCCUUCUAAUACUCAACAACAUCGAUCAUUAAAUGAUUUAACUAAUAAAACUUUAUCGAAAGGUUUAACUACUCGUAAUGAAUUGAAUAUGCCAACAAUUACUAAUAAUUUAUCAACAACACAUACAAUUACUCGAAAACCAAAUACAUCAACAUUAAAACCGUUAAGAAAAAAAACAAAAUUAAAUAUUCUUGUUGAACCAUCCGCACCAUUAACAUCAUCACGUCUUACUGGUUAUGACGAACAAAUUAAUACAAUGACAGGAACAACAAGUAGCUCAAGUAAUCAAACAACACCUCGUUCAAUACGUCCAUUAGGUCAACAACAAAACCAACAACAACAGCAACAUAAGUCAAAAGCAAUGACGCAACUAGGUCAUUAUCCAAAUCGAGAAGAAAUGAGAGCACAUGUUAAUCGAUCUGUUAUUGAAAGACAAAAUCCAAUAAAUUUAGUAAUACCUAUACGUCCAGGUGUUAUACAACAAAGAUUACCAUUUGAUGCUUCACCUUCAAAAGUAAAUAAUCUUCUAUUAAGAUAUCAUGGUCAACAACCUCAACCAUCCACAAUUUACCCUUCAAGUUCAAAUGUACAAACGUCACCAACCCGACAAACAAAACAAACAUUACCAAUAUUAUAUAAUGAAGAAACCAUUGGUAAUAUUCAUGAUGACAAAAGAAAACAAAAAGAACAAAUAAAAAUUAAAAAACUUAAAGAAUACGAAGAAAAAAAAUAUUUAAAACAAAAAGAAGAAUAUGAAAAUAAUAGAUUAAAUGAAAUUCAUCAAAAAGAACAAGGAAGAAUUAAAAUCAAAGAUAUUCAAGGAUCAAUUCCAUUUAAAUAUACUCAUAAACGUGAAAGUUCACAAGAUCAAAUUGAACAAGUCGUUGUACAACGACAUUUUAUUAGUUCAAAUCAAAGACAACAAGAAAAAGAAGUAUCAUUUGAAAAAAUUCAUCAACGAAAUAAAUUUGUUAAGAAUCGAUUACCUGAUGAAAAUGAGAAUAUUGAUGAAAAACAAUAUACAGAAUAUAUUCCUACAAGUACAAAUCAUCGUCAAUAUGAACAUCAUACUGAUACUCGACAACGGCGAGCAGUUGUUAACGAUUCCAAUCGAAAUACUAUUGCUGACAGAUAUGAAUCUAUUCAAUCGACUAAUACAACUGGUAGAUUACAAGAUGCUAAUAACAUUUAUCGACGACAACAACGAAAUGUUGCUUAUGGUGAUGAUCCUGUCCAUAUAAAUCAAUCGAAUGAAAUCGAUCGAGAAUUGGGUGGAAAACAACAAAUUCAUGGAUCAAAACCAACAGGACUUGUCAUUCGAAAUAAAAAUAAUAACAAUGAGAAAAAUUUCAAUCGGACAACAGAAGGCAAUAGUCAAUAUGGACCUGAUUAUUCACAUGGUGUACAAAAAAAACCUAUUACUAAAUUACAAUCUCGUCCAUCAAAAGUUUAUUUUCAAACAUUUGAAUAUCUAACAAAUCGUAAUCCUUCAAUUGAAACUCAAAUGGAUCAAAAUCAACAAUCAGAUCAAAGACGAAAUUCCAAAUAUGAAAAUGAUCAUUAUCCAUGGCAGAAAUCUCAAACUAGAUCAACAUCAAAGCCUACUCGAAUUCAAGCAAUAUAUCCUAAAAAUACAAAUAUUUAUGAUUCAAAACAAGAAAGAGAAACAAGUGAAUUAAGUAAUAUAUCAAAAGGAGAUUCAAUACAAUCGGAUGGAAAAAAAUUUAAUAAUCAAAAAAUUAUUGAAAAAAGUUUUACUCAUAAUAAUUUUCAAUCAAAAUCACCAACAUCAUGGCCAAUUAUAUCUGAACAUGAAAAUGAUCAACAAGAAUAUGAAAUUUAUGAAAAAAUAACAAUUUAUAAAUCUGAAUUAUCAACAUCACCAUUAUCUAAUAAUGACUUAAUUGAAAAUAAUUCUAAUACACCUCCUCGUACUUAUCGUUUAAUGAAUAAUAAUCAACAAAAUCUUCUUGAUGGAAGAUAUGUUAUUCCAUCUAAUAAUUUACAAACAUCUUCAGUUGUUGGUCCUUCUUCUAAUCCAUCAUCUUGUCAUACAUAUCCAUUUACAUUAACACAUGAUAUUGAAAAUAAUAAUGAUAUUAUUAUUAUUGAUGAUACUACACAAUUAAUAAAAAAUACAAAAACUAAUUCUCAUGUACCUGACGUUUAUGUUUUAUCUGAUCGUGAAAGUACAAAAAAUACAAUUGAUCGACAAAGUUCUUCAUCUUCUUUGGUGCAUAGAUCUUCAAAUAAAAAAAUCUAUUCACCACAAGAAAAAUUAAUUAUAUCAUCAGAAAAAGAUAAUGAAACAACAUCGAAUUAUGACAGUGAUGAUGGUUGGAGUGAUGAUUCAGUUGAACUUUUAUAUGUGGAUGAACGAUAUGCAACAGAAAAGGGGAAGAUUACUUCAUCUUCACAUCUACCUUCGCAACAACCUUAUCAUUAUCAAGUUCAACAACAAAAUGUGCUUCUUCAGUAG